AACCAGGAAGUGCCGUGAAUUAAUAUGGCUUCGAAACGACAGGUCGAGAGUUUAACCGAGGAGGUAAUCUGUCUCAUUUGCCUGGAUUUUUUCACCGAUCCGGUGUCACUGGAGUGUGGACACAACUUCUGCCGCUCCUGUAUCACACGGUGUUGGAAAAGGGAGGACAGAAACUCCUGCCCGGAAUGUAGAGAGGAGAUUGCAGACCGCACCCUCAGGGUCAAUCGGGCCUUAGCAAAUCUGUCUAAGAAAGCUCGAAAACGAAACUUGGAUCCGAAAGGGAAGGAAAGUAAACUUCGCUGCGAGAAACAUAAGAAAGAACUGAAGCUGUUUUGUGAGACCGACAGGAAACUGCUCUGUCUGAUCUGUAGAAAUACGCGGAAACACAAGUCUCACAACUUCAUGCCGAUUAAAGAAGCCGUUGAAGUUUACAAGAAUCGGGUUAAAUCUUCCAUGGACUCUCUCACAAAAAAGAAAUCGGACUUUCAGGAAAUGGAGCAGCAACAGCAAGAGAAGAUUUCCGGUGUUUGGGAACAGUCACAAAGUGUUCAGUCCCACAUCACAUCCCAGUUUGCUGAACUGCGCCGGAUUAUCACCGAGAAAGAGCAGCGCGCGCUCCGAGAUCUCAGGGAAGAAGAGGAGAGGAUUCUACAUCCAAUGGAGAAAAAUCUUCAAGUAAUUCAAGAGAAUUUGAAUUCCAUCCAGGAGGAAAUCUCAAAGUUACAGGAACAGAUGGAUCAACAAGACAUUAUCAUAUUCCUCAUGGAGGAAGCUCGUCGGAAGAGGAGGAUUAGUGAUGAAAACGUGACAUUGUCAGUGACAGAUGGUGCCCUACUUGUUGAAAAAUUCGAUCACCCCUAUUUGCUUGACAUAGCGUCGGAAGAAGCGAUUGACAGCAAUAAACAAGUCUCUGUCACCCUGGAUGUGGAAACGGCAUAUCCGCUGCUCGAGGUGUCUGAGGAUCGGAAGAGUGUGAGACCGACCGCGACCUGGAGGGAUCUCCCUGACAACGGGAAGUGGUUCACAUACUGGGCUUGUGUGCUGGGAUCGGAGGGAUUCACAUCGGGGAGACAUUACUGGGAGGUGGAGGUGACGGGGAAUCGGUGCUGGAGUCUGGGAGUCGCCGCAGAGUCUGUGAAGAGGAAGGGAUUGUUCACACUGAGUCCGGAGACCGGAUUCUGGAUCAUCGGGCGGGUUAAUGACGUGAUGAAGGUUUACACCUCCGCUGUAUCCUGUCUCCCUGCCGGUCCCAUCCCCGGGAGGGUGGGAGUUUAUCUCAGUUACCAGUCCGGGACAGUUUCAUUUUACAACGCGGAGACCAAGUCCCAUCUCCACACCUUCAAUGGAAAUAAAUUCACGGAGAAACUUUAUCCUUUCUUCGGGCCUUGGGCUGCAAACCAGUGGCUGAGAAUCUGCUCCGGUUCCGCUCCGGGUCUGUAAACGGGUCGGGUCCGGGACCGGCGUCAGGAGUAAGUCAGUGUAAAUAUAAAUGUGCGGAGAGUGAAAUAAACACUAUGUGAGAAUUAUCAGUCCAUUAAUUUUAACUCGUUCACCGCGUCCGUCAACAGAACAGAAACACCGCGGAUUCAGCAGCAGCCGCGGACGGCGGGUCCUGAGCUCCCCGACUCCCCCGGGUGCUAAAGUCCACCGGGACUGACCGGGUAACUGGGACAAGUGGUGGUGGUGCUGACUGGGAGAGGGAGGUCACGGUGAAUGUUGGUAACACGGGACAUGUACUGUUGGUAACACACGAAGCGCCGGAGUCUCCCAGAGUGUCAGCAUCUGAUUCAAGAAAAAAAUGGGAGUGCAGUGUAAUUUCCUCCGGAAAGGGGAUAAAGAAGAAGGAAUGUGCUCGGAGAGGGAAGUGGACCAUCAGAGAAAUUGAUGCUCAGGCUGGAAUUAGCCGGAGAGACCUGCUGAAGAGCUUUGACCUGAAACGUCGACUGUACAUUUUUUCAUGGAUGCUGCCUUCCCUGCUGACUUCCUCCAGCAUUUUGUGUGUUGCUUGGAUUGAAUUGAAUUGACUUUAUUUCUUACAUCCUUCACAUACAUGAGGAGUAAAAAUCUUUAUAUUACCUCUCCAUAUAAAUGUGCAAUCAUAGUAUU